AUGACUCGUUGGUCUUUUGUUUGUUUUGCAUUGCUUCUCCUAGCAAUUCAUUGGUCAGCAGCAUUGAAUAUCGAAGGUUCAUCGAAACGUGUGUUAGUAUUGCUGGACAAUUUGGCAAUAAGAGAAUCGCAUUCGUUCUAUUUCAAACAAUUGAAAGACCGUGGAUUUGAAUUAACCUACAGAUCAUCAGAUGAUAGUAGUUUACAAAUCGUCAAAUAUGGUGAAUAUAUCUAUGAUCAUAUCAUUCUCUUCGCUCCAGGAACGAAAGAAUUCGGUGGUCAUUUGGAUGCAGAAGUUUUAGCACAGUUUAUCGAUGCAGGUGGUAAUGUUCUUAUUGCCGGUAGCAAUACAAUCGGUGAUGCUGUUCGUGAAUUUGCUGGUGAAUGCGGUAUUGAAUUUGCUGAUGAUAAGAAUGCAGUCAUCGAUCAUCUUAAUUAUGAUAUUCAUGACAAUGGACAACAUACACUGAUCGUUGCUAGUCCUGAUAAUCUUCUCGGAGCUGAACUAAUCACUGGUCAAUCGAAACGAGCUGGUUUACCAUUCUUAUUCCGAGGCAUUGGAAUGUCAUCUGACCCCGAAAAUCCAUUAUUACUCGAUGUCUUAACCGGUUCAUCAAGCUCGUACACGGCUAAUCCCGAUGAGCAAACAUUAACUGACUAUCCAGCAACCGUUGGUAAACGCACAUUAUUGAUAUCCGUUCUCCAAGCACGAAACAAUGCUCGUGUUGGUUUUGUUGGUUCAUUGGACUUCUUCAGCAAUGAUUUCUUUCAAAGUACCGUGCAAUCAAAUGUUGAUAAAAAAUCAGUGAAAUCCGGUAAUGAAGAACUAGCUUUAGCUUUGACUGAUUGGGUUUUCAAGCAACGUGGUGUUCUUCGUGCGAGAGAUAUUCGUCAUUACUUGAAAAGUGAUAAGACAACACCAAGUUAUUAUACAAUUCGAAAUGAUAUUGUAUUCAAUGUUCAUUUCGAUGAAUUCGUUUAUGAUAAAUGGAUGCCUUUCAAUGGCACUGAUGUUCAAUUGGAAUUCGUUCGUAUUGAUCCAUUUGUUCGUACCACAAUGAAAAAUAAAGGUGGACAACUCGAAGCCAACUUCCGCGUACCUGAUACUUAUGGAAUUUACAAAUUUAUCAUUGAUUAUAAUCGUAUUGGUUACACGAAUCUAUAUUCGGCAACACAAGUUUCUGUUCAUCCAUUACGUCAUACGGAAUACGAACGGUUCAUUACUUCGGCAUAUCCAUAUUAUAUUUCCUCAUUUUCCAUGAUGGUCGGUGCUUUUCUACUCAGUUUCAUUGUUCUCUAUCAUCGUGAUGACUCAGCCAAACCAAAAGCUGAAUAA